AUGACUGUUGAGCAGCGCGCGAUCUAGCAUCCUCCCCUUUUCCGCAACACCACAGCUCGACACAACUACCACGACCCGGCAUUCAGUCCCAGAUUUUGAAUCAAGAUUCUGGUGACCCGCGGAUUGUACGCAAACAUCGAACAAAUCCACCGAUACACCCCUAAACCCUCGAACAUCACGAAAUAUGUCUCCACCAUCAGUCUCGGGUCGUCAGAAGGAGUCGAACCUGGCCAGGCUCCUUGGAUCCGGGUCCGCUGGUAUUGCCGAGCUGGCCGUCUUCCAUCCAGUCGACACCAUUGCGAAGCGUCUCAUGAGCAACCAGACCAAGAUAACGAAUGCCACCGAGUUGAACAAGGUUGUCUUCAAGGACACUGCGAACGCGGCAGCUGGCCGCAAGUUUUUCUCCUUGUUCCCCGGCCUGGGCUAUGCUGCUGGCUACAAGGUCCUCCAGAGGAUAUACAAGUACGGCGGCCAGCCUAUCGCGCGCGAUUACCUGGACACCCACUAUGGUCGUGAUUUUGAGCAAGCCUUUGGCAAGAAGACGGGCAAGGCCGUGAUGCACUCAACGGCAGGCAGCCUGAUUGGUAUCGGUGAGAUUGUUCUUCUGCCGCUGGAUGUUCUUAAGAUCAAGAGGCAGACGAACCCCGAGGCUUUCCGCGGAAGGGGUGUGUUCAAGAUUGUCGCCGACGAGGGCUUCGGGCUGUACAGGGGCUGGGGCUGGACCGCAGCGCGUAACGCUCCCGGAUCUUUUGCGCUUUUCGGAGGUUCCGCUUUCGCCAAGGAAUUCAUCUUCCACCUUGAGGAUUACAACAAGGCCUCGUGGUUCCAGAACUUUGUGGCGUCUAUUGCCGGUGCCUCUGCUUCCCUGGUCGUUUCUGCGCCGCUGGAUGUCAUCAAGACGAGGAUUCAAAACCGCAACUUCGACAACCCCGAGGGUGGAUUCAAGAUUCUCAGCAAGAUGGCCAAGAACGAAGGCCUGUCCAGUUUCUUCAAGGGCCUCGUUCCCAAGUUGUUGAUGACCGGCCCGAAGCUCGUCUUCUCGUUCUGGCUGGCUCAGACGCUGAUUCCUGCCUUCGAUGGCAUGCUGCCUAAAUGAUCUACCGGUGUCGGUGGUUAGGACGACCCGCCAGCGCAUCGAUCGAGGCGGUUUUGGAACUGCGGUCCAUGAUUGACUUUGCCAUGACCGAUGACGUUGGCUACAGAUGGUGGUCAUGCUGAUGGGCGCGACCCGGAACGCUUUGAUAGAGUGCAUGCUUCAUUGCAUGGCGCACCUCGAUGUAUAACAGAAAUGAAAUUUUAAUUGAAGAUCUUGGGAAUCACACGGGAGUGUUC